GCAGCAACAGACAUUAAUUCUCAGAGCUGUGGUAAGACAUCCACAACUCAAAUUAUUAAACCUUCUCUCCUCACCCUUCAGAAGGGAGAAAAACAACUUCAACUUCUAUCAACUUCUAGACAAUGACUUCUCUUAUGAGCUUUCAUUUUUCUUAAUUCAAUUCCCUUUCUUUUCUCUGCUAUUUCAUUUUCUCAGCCAUCCCCACCAUCUCUUUCCUACAUUUCCACCCCUUUAGGCCACAACCCACAUCCCAAAAUCCACUCAAGAAAAAAAAAGAGGAAAAAAAAAAAAAGAACUCUGAUUUUUGCUGACAAUUCCACCCGGAGUUUGAGCAGGUACCCACCGCUUUUGGGAAAAAAGGAUUCACCAGGCGGGUUUCGCUCCAAAUGGGGAGGCAUUCUUGCUGUUACAAGCAGAAGCUGAGGAAAGGCCUGUGGUCUCCAGAGGAGGAUGAGAAGCUCCUUAGGCAUAUUACUAAAUAUGGUCAUGGGUGUUGGAGCUCUGUGCCUAAGCAAGCAGGCCUGCAAAGGUGUGGAAAGAGCUGCAGAUUGAGGUGGAUAAAUUACCUGAGGCCUGAUCUUAAGAGAGGCACAUUCUCGCAGCAAGAAGAGAACCUGAUAAUUGAACUUCAUGCAGUUCUAGGCAACAGGUGGUCGCAGAUUGCAGCACAGCUGCCUGGAAGAACCGACAACGAAAUCAAAAACUUGUGGAAUUCAUGCAUCAAGAAGAAGCUGAGGCAGAGAGGCAUUGAUCCAAACACCCACAAACCACUAUCUGAGGUUGAGAAUGGAGAAGAUAAGGCAGCUGCAUCUGCCAGCAGUGAGAAAGCAUCAGGAUCAAACGAACUGAAACUCCUAUCGGUGGGGUCCGUCACGGAGAAUCUCGAACCAGUGGGGCUGGAUGCAAAACCACAGUCAAUCACAGCGGACCACAGGUACACACUGGAAGGUUUGAGCUCGAAGAGCAACACUAACAUCAAGAACAAUUCAAUGGCAACCACCAAGGAAUUCUUCCUGGAGAGGUUCAUGAUGAGCCAUGAGAGCUCCACCAGCUGUAGGCCUUCGGACUCGAUGAUGGGUUAUUUCCCUCUCCAGCAAUUGAAUUAUGGGUCCACCUGUGGUAAUCAGACAGCCAGCGUAGGCCUGUCAAUGAACCCAAAUCCAGUCCUCUGGCUUAACCAGAACUCUAGGCCUUUCCAGAUGAAUUCUGAGUUCAAUUCCAAUACGGUUUCGACUGUUAUACCAUCCUUGACAAGCUCGAUCCUUCCAACUCAAAUGGGCUUCAAGCCUACCAUUGCCCUCCCGCCUGAUAAUUCAUCGGUGGGCUGUAUAAAUGCCAAUGGGGUUCACCACUGGGAAGCUGGAAGCUCUAGUAACAGCAGCAGCAGCAGUGCAAGUAGCAGCAGCAUUGAGCUGCAAAGCAACAGCUCUUUCUUUGAGAACAGCAUCUUCUCAUGGGGAUUGUCUGAUUGCCGAGUAGAAUUGCCAGAUAUAACCUCAGAAAAAGAAGCUCAAAUCCAUCUCGAGACAGAGCCCGGAGACAUCAAAUGGUCUGAAUUUCUCCACCAUCCAUUCCCAAUGACAGCAGCCACCAUUCAAAAUCAAACACAGCCUCUAUACAGUGAGAUCAAAUCAGAAAGCCAGUUUGGAAUCAAUACUAGUCUGAGUAAUUGGCACCAGCCUCAUCAGCAACCAUUGCAACUGCAAUCGUCCGAUAUCUACGGUAAGGAUUUCCAGAGAAUCACAGCCGCGUUUGAACAAAUGUAGCUCUUAAAAUUCCUCCCCAAAAAAAAAAAAAAAAAACCCCAACUUACAGAAUUUUCAAUUCUAAAGGUUUGAAUAAAAAGCUACUUCUAAUUACAGGUGUGUGCCAUAGAUUUUUUUUUUUGGUUCUCCUUCAUUGUAAAUAGGUCCGAUACAAAAGUCCCAGCUUUGAUCUUUUUGAAAAAUCCUGUGCACAAGCAAGCUGGACCACAUCUUGUUAAUGGGUGGGAUUUGAAUUUGCAAAAUAAUGCUUGUUUCAGUGUAUUUUCUUUCUCUUGUUUCAUGGCCUUAUGGCAUUCAAAGAGUGUUAAUUCUAUCUUGUUAAUCAAAUUGCAUUCUCUACUUCGAUUUUUUGUGGGUUUUCUUCCUUUCAAUUCCUUUUAGUAUUGUUGUUAUUAAAAUGAAUAAUUUUCAUUGGGAUGUAGAGUUCCUUGUCCGAUGAGAAAUAAAGAAACCAGAUUUUCA